AGUUGAAGGGGUAGUAUGGGGGAUAUCUAUAUGCUUUUCUUAACGUCACCACUAUCCUCGAUUUCGCGGCUAAAUUUUUAUGCUUUACGCCCGACCCAACUAAAUCCGUUUUCCCUUCCAAUCGCCGAUCGAUCGAAUAGGAUUUUCUGAUCAUCACGAAACAAUCAAAACAUCACUGCUAUCCACGAUCAAAAUUGGCUUUCAUCUUCAAUUACAGCGAGAGAUUUUGCAUUCGCGCCUUCUUCAGAAAUCAGAACUUUUAAGUCGAUUAUUGAAUUCCAGAGGAUAAAUGGCUGAAGUAGACGGCGAUGAUAAUAAAAAGAGGAAGAGGAGUUUUUGGUCUCGAGUCUGGAAUGGUUUGUUUUUGUUUAGGUUACAUGGUGAUGAUUUUGAGAAACGAUUGCAAUACAUAUCUAGAGAAGAAGCCACUCUUAUUUCUAAAAUGAAGAGGAGAUCUUCAAGUUGGAGGUCAACCGCUAGGAAUUUAGUCGUCGUUUCUGUUUUCCUUGAGGUUGUAGCAUUGGCUUACGCUAUAAUUACAACAAGAUCUGUGGACUUAGACUGGCAAAUGAGGGCAUUACGAGUUCUUCCUAUCUUUCUUCUGCCUGCUUUCUCAUCCGCUUUGUAUUGGGCACUUUUUUGCUUCACAAGAAUGUGUGAUAGCAGAGAUCAGAAAACCCUAGAAAGCCUUCAGGCUGAAAGACAAGAAAAGAUUGAUGAACUAAAAGAACGAACAAAUUACUACACCACUCAGCAACUAAUUCAGAAAUAUGACCCUGAUCCAGCAGCCAAAGCAGCUGCUGCAGCUGUUCUUGCAUCGAAAUUGAGUGCUGAUUCAGGGAUAAGAAUGUUCCUAGAGGAGUCUCAUCAUGAUCUUCAAGAUACAGGGAAGAGCAAUGAUUUUGAGCCUGUGACAUCUUGUGGGCUGAGGAAAAGAAAUACAUCUGAUGCUACAACAUCAAAGGGGGGAGGCCAUGUAAUGCAGCAAUCUGAUGUGGACAUGAUUCAGCAUUUAGAAGAUGAGGUGUCUGAGGUGUCGCCACCUCAUCAGAUUGUUGUUGAGCAUCAUAACCCUUCGGCUUCAGGGACUCAAGAUGGGGGUUGGCUUGCUAAAGUUGCAGCUUUGCUUGUUGGAGAGGACCCUACACAAUCUUUCGCACUUAUAUGUGGGAAUUGCCUUAUGCACAAUGGUCUUGCAAGGAAAGAGGAUUUCCCAUUCAUUACAUACUUUUGUCCACGCUGUCAUGCUCUCAAUAGACCGCGUGGCUCAACCACAAAUUCUCCAAAAGCAUCGGGUCCCACCAGUCCCUUGACAGGUGGCAAUGACAUCCCCAUGAAUGAGAAACCAUUACCAGUCAAUAGUUCUAUGAUUGAGACAGAACCCAGUGAGAAAACAGCCGCCACUAGUCAAUAGGAUACAAUUUUUAUUUUUAUUAUUUUUAUUUUAUAUAUACUUUUUGUGAAAAUAGUUUUUGGUUCCUUUUUUUUAUAAUUUUUUUUUUGUAGAAAUCAUAGUUUACAAUUUACAAUUGUUAUUUGUAAAAUAAUAUGAUUUUCUGCGUAAAUAGGUGAAGGUGAUUGAGAUUUUCAAUCAUUAUAAUUCAUAGUUCUUUAUGAUCU